CAACGAACAGCAGCGAGUCCCCGCAGUUUCUGAACUCAUUGGAGAGACUUAAUAAUGAGAAAGGGUAACUGAUAAAGGAUAUAUUAUAGAACAGGUGAUGUUCUCUUUAAACCGAGAGUGAACAGUUGGAAAGGAAAUUUUGGGCUUCGAAUAAAUGGCCCGGAAAGUUUGGAUAAUAGUGCUGGCGGUCGCUGCUUUAGCAGUUUGGUGUAAGAGGCGGGAAAAGGGUGCAGCAGACAGCUCAGGCUCAGUAGCUGAGAUGGCGGUGCCAGCGACGAGUGUCGUGGUGCUCGACCGCGGCAACAACACCACUUGCACUGUCAAUUUACACGGUGCAACUGUAGUAUCAUGGCGUGUCAACAAUCAGGAACAACUUUUUGUUAGUAAACAAGCAAUAUUUGAUGGGAAGCGAGCCAUAAGAGGAGGAAUCCCUAUUGUGUUUCCCCAGUUUGGACCCUGGAGCACUGGCCCUCAGCAUGGAUUUGCACGUAUUUCACGAUGGGAGUUAAAAAAGCCUCCGGAGCGUUUGCCUACUGGAGAUGUAGAAGCUAUUUUUCAACUUUUGGAUAACGAAUUUACUCGUUCUAUGUGGAAUUACCCGUUCAGUCUUACAUACCGUCUGAUUCUAAGAGAAAAGGAGCUGCAUUUUAAUAUUUCCGUUUACAAUCCCGGAGCAGAAGUGUUGUCUUUUACGCUUUUGCUGCAUACUUACUUCAAGGUUCCUGAUGUGCGCCGUUGCCAGAUCACUGGUAUGAGAGGUUGCACAUACAUUGACAAAACACGAGAAGGGGCUCUGUAUCAAGAGCACAGAGAUGUUGUUACAAUCAGCGAAUGGACUGAUCGUAUAUAUCAAAAUACUCCGUUGGAGCACAUAAUUACAAAUGUUGUCAGUGGUCGAAAGAUGAGAAUACAGAAAUACAACCUUGUGGACACUGUGGUAUGGAAUCCUUGGAUAGAAAAAGCCAAAGAGAUUCCUGACUUUGGUGAAGAAGAAUUCCCAAACCUGGUGUGUGUGGAAGCUGGUCAUGUAUCGACACCAGUCAUCCUCCCACCUGGUACUGUGUUUGAAGCCAGCCAGAUUCUACAGGUCAUGUAGAAGUUGAUUAUAACCAGUUUUAGUCAAGUCCAUAACAUUUUCUUUUCCAAGAUUUAUUGGUCAUUAAGCUAAGGAGUUAAAUAGGAAGUAAAUGGGCACACACAACGAUUAAACUUCAUACAUCUAUGGAUUUGGCAAGGAAACAGGAUUACAUGAGAAUGUCCAUCAUUAUAGAAUGCAUGGAAUGAAAAGAUUGUGUACAGAAGCCUUUUAUUGUGGAAAGCUAUGUACUGUAUUAAGAAAGUUAGUGGACAUGAAAGUUGUAAUUUAAUAUCUUAAAUUUGGUAAGUGUGUAGAUCAUGAGAUAUAAGUGAAAUUGUUACAAGUGGCUUGAUUUACUAUUUUAGUUCAGCAAAUAUUUGAUGUUAAGAGACAUUGCAUUAAUUAUGCAAGCAUUUACUCCAGAUAAUGUAGUACUGACUUAUGACUUUUGGUCAUUUAUCAUAAUUCAGUUUAUUAUGAGUGUUAGAGAUUUGUUUUAAAUCUCCAGUGGUUCAAGACUUCUCAUAGAAUUUAGUGUUUCUAUUCAUGAAAAUACCUAAUGGUGCUAUGAGUGUUGUGGGAACUGGGGAGCAUAGUUAUAGUCAUCAGACAACAUUGCAUCGAAUGCUGUUAUCGUGCACUUGACUGACCAUACUCUCAACCAUUUCAUCAUCGCCAGUUUUUAAAAUUAUGAAACUUUCUGAACUCUUUUUGUUCGGGUAACAGAUAUAAUGAUUAGUUUGAGAAAAUGCAUUUCCAGUUAAAUUACUAGUUAGAAUUUGAUCUCACCUAUAGCAUUUAAGACUUGUGAAUAGAAUUGCAUGCACAAGCACUUUCAUGUGACCUGAUCCGAAGCAUUUUGUCAUGGUUGUGUUGCUGUUUUCAUUAUUAUAAUAUUAUCAUUAUUAUUAUUAUUAUUAUUAUUACCUUGUAUCCCAGUUACAAAAAGCCAAAGUUUAUGAAUCAAGAUGAAGACAGGGUGAUUAAUUCUAAAUAUUUGUAUUAUAUAGAUUGUUGUAGUUUAUGAUACCGUAGUCAGGAAUUGCUUUGCGCAUUCUGUGAUGGUGCAUAACAAAAAAAGUGUGCUAGAGGGUUGCUAACUUGUUUUGUGGAGUAGAGGAUAUUGUAGAAGUUUGUAGUGUACUUUUUUGAGCUUUCUAAUAUUGUUAAUACCCAGGGUAGGUAUAUCUAAAAUACGGAUUGUAAGCAAAUAUGACAAUGCCAAACUCAAUUUCAGGUUCUCUUUCUCAGAAACCUAUUUGUGAUUGGUUUUAAGCUUAGGUUAUGUAUUGAAAUGGUUUCUAAGCUUGUGAUAUUUUAGAUCCUGAAUCUUGCGGACCUGGGUAGCAUGUGGCUUUCCUAUUCCUUUUUAAGGAUGGAAAUACAGUUUGGGAAAAUAGCAUUUGUAGUGUUCAUGUGUGAAGACUUUUAUACUGAAGUUCAGACCAAUGUUCAGACUGGCUUGUGUUACUUUUUAUGAAGAUUUUUUUUUAUUCUGUACAAGAUAUUUUAUAAUGUUGGACUACUUCCCACUUUAGCAUAAUUAAUUUUACAGCCCAUUUUUAUUUUUGUUUGAAAGGUUGUUAUUAAAUAGUAAUUCUAUUACUGAAAUAUGAAAUACUCAAUAGAUUGAAAGUCUUGAUCUUAUUUCCAGUCUUACAAGUUAAUUGACUUGUUUAAAACAGAGUAUACCAUUCUGUAGCUAAGUUGAAUAGCAGUUAAAUGUACAAAUAAACUAUAUUAGUGAAAUUAAGAUUGCAAAGCACAAAUUGUUCCCUACCUUUUAUUUUACACAGACAUUUAGCUUCAACUUAAUUAUGAAAGUUGAUACAAUGAACCUGUAAUGAGCUUUGCUUUAAUGUCUUUAGCAUUCCUGUUUUUCACUUAGAAAUUUUCUUCUAUGUGUAAGUUAUUUUUCUACUUAUGAAACGUGUAGUAUUUCCUACAUUGAAAAAUUUAUUUAGUGAUUUUGAUUACCAAAGCCUCAAUAAUUCCAUAAUAUGGAGCAGAGUUUUUAUAGUAAUUUUAAACAAAUUGAAUAAUCUCAACUUUGUAGACUGCUACUUCAGUAUUGUACUGUACUAGCUACUAUCAGAGUAAGGUUAAAAGAAAUUUUGAUCCUAAAACCGGAGGUAAACACAUUUUUUUACUUAUUUAUUUGCAGUUUUAAGGGACCUAAGAAAUAUUGAGGUACAUUGUCAGUAAUGGGGUUUUGUAUUUCAGUUUUUAAUUUUUUUUUCUUUGGAUAUCAAUGAAAAGUAGUCAUUAUGAACUUAGUUCACAUGAUUUUCGUGAUUUAUAUGGUGUAGAAUUUUGCCUUUAGGUGAAUAGCUAUUUAAAUAUAAAACAAGACAUCAUUUUGUUAAUGCAAGGAAUUUAUGUCCGGUAUACAUAUUGAUCUUGCAACCAUGGUAUAGGCUUUAUAGCACUGUAGAGUAAGAAAUGGUUAACACUUUAGGUGCUUUAUAGUAUCUAAAAGACUGUACUCAUUCUCUAGCAUACGUUAGUUAAUAAAUUUAGAUGAAUGAAUGCCAUUGUUUACCCGAGGUUUUUAAGUCAUCUUACAACUGCCAUUGUCCUCUUAACAGCCUCUCCUUUUCCCGGUUUUAUUUAUCUAGCAGUAAAACUAUUAAGUUGUUAAGAACUGAAGUGAUAAAUAUAUUAUAUUGAAAAAUAAAAAUGUGAACAUACAUUUUAUGGAAGCAGCAAAGGAUUCAGUCACUGAUGAACAUAGAACUUGUAAGGUGUAUAUUGUAUGCUUUUGAUUGAGACCAGUUUAUUAGUACCUAUAUUAAAAGCAGUGUAUGGUACCAUUAUAACAUUUUCUAUAGUGUUCAGGCUUAUGCUUUAAAAGUAUUAAAUUGAAGUGGUGUAUGAUUCACCUUUUAAGAUUUAAGAGAAUUAUAAAGUUUUGUGAAUUUUAUUUUUUGCACCUAGUUAAGGACAAAUUUUUCAGUUUGUGGACGAUAAUUGAUAACAAAAUUUUGGAAUUGUUAAUGGUUGUUUCAUACACAGUUAGCUAAUAAAUAAAAAGUCAUAUACAA